AUGACUUCAAUGCCGCCACCUAUGGCAAACGGUACACUUGAUUCAGCAGAAACGAAUGGAAAGAAUUUUUGGGCACAUAAAGCGAUCCUAGAGCGAGCAAUAACACCAUAUGUGGCUUAUAGAUGGAUUGCCACUGCGGCAUUAGGAAUUUAUCUUCUUAAUCUAUUUCUUGCAUUUUUGCAACCUAAAUUUGAUCCUUCGUUGGAAUUGGACAUUGCGGAAAGUGAAGUGGAAGAAGGUCCUUCGCUUCCUACAAAAGCUGAAGAAGAAUUUCGACCAUUUAUUCGUCGAUUGCCCGAAUUUAAAUUUUGGUAA